GCGGCUCGUAUUACCGUAAAUUUUACCUACAGUGAUUCAGCCGAAUUAUAGUAUUUCUGAUACUCAACUCAACGAAUUCGUUAUCAUGAGCAGAACAUUUGCCCCAAAUUUCGUGGUGGCAAUUUUGUGCGUAACGAUGUGCAUUGCAUAUGAAGACGAUGAAGAACAGUUUAGGGAUUUCAACGACAUCCUGCCCCAUAGAUCUCGCCCUGAAAAGUGGCAAAGCAGAGAUGAUUCAUCAGAAAUUGUGAAGCUCGCAAUGCCAGGUGUUCACCCGACGAAGGAAGACACAUACCUCUGUACUGCUGUGGAUCUGCAUAAAAAGAAAGACUAUAUUGUUGCAAUCAAACCUCUGGUUAAUAUGAACACAGCCCACCAUUUGAUGGUAUUUGGAUGCCCUGAGCCAGCAAAACAUGCUUUUGCAAGUGACGGAGAAUAUUGGGUAUGUGGAGAAAUGGGAUCCAAUUAUUGCAAGGGUUCUGAUGCAAAUAUAUUGUAUGCUUGGGGAAGAAAUGCUCCAGAGCUGGACUUACCACCUGACACUGCCUUUGAAGUGGGUGGUAAAUCUGAUAACAGUUACCUUGUACUUGAAGUUCACUAUGCAAGUGCAGACAGGUUUUUAGCUGAUCCUACUCUGAAAGAUUACUCUGGGGUGGAUGUGCAUGUGACAUCAGUACGACCAAGUCAACUGGCUGCCAUAUUUGUCCUACAACCAUUUGGAGACAUUCCACCAAAGAAGGAAGCUUGGCAUUUUGACAUUGGGUGUCGAUACAAUGAUGGACCAGUCUUACAUCCUUUUAAAUUUAGAGUCCACACUCAUGGCAUUGGGACGGUAGUGGUUGGCUACAGAAUACGUGAUGAAAAAUGGACUCAAAUAGGAAAAAUGGAUCCACAACGACCACAGGCAUUCUACCCAGUAGAUAAUCUAUUGGAAAUUAAAAGUGGAGACUCUAUAGCUGCCCGUUGCACUUUCAAUUCCAUGCAGAGAAACAGAGUAACACACUCAGGAUUAACCCAUAGCGAUGAAAUGUGUAAUUUUUACAUAAUGUAUUGGUAUGAUCCAAAACAAGUUAAAGGAGCCAGCAGUCCCAGGGAUUUGUGUAAGCUUUUGGAUCCAAGCAACCUUGAUUUCCCGGCAGAUUCUGAUAAGCUACUACCAAACAAACGAUUGAUAUUGGCCAUGAAGUGAAACUGGCAAAA